AUGAAGUUGAACAUCGUCUCUUCUCUUGUCCUUUUACAAUCCCUCGCCUGCACGGCGUUGCAUGCCCCUUUCACCGCCUCUGGCCGAUGGAUCCAUGACUCCAAGGGUGAAGUCUUCACCUACGCGGGGGCCAAUUGGCCCGGUGCGGGCGAGGCCAUGAUCCCUGAGGGGAUGCAAUACGCUUCCAUCGCAUCCACAGUCUCCAAGCUCAAGAACCUGGGAAUGAAUGUUAUUCGUUUGACUUUUCCCAUUGAGCUGAUCGAUGAUAUUUUGGACAAUGGCGGAGAUGUCACUGUCCAGAAAUCGCUGAUCAACGCGCUGGGAUCGACGAACGGGACAAAGGUAUUCAAUCAGAUCCGCAAGGUGAACCCGCAGAUCAAGACCACGACCACUCGUCUACAAGUUUUUGAUAUGGUAGCUGCGGAGUGCAACAAACAAGGACUCUAUGUUCAUUUGGAUAAUCACAUCUCGAAGGCGAUGUGGUGUUGCUCACACACGGAUGGUAACGCCUGGUUUGGGGAUACCUACUUCGACGUUGCCAAGUGGAUGAGAGGACUCGAGUAUAUGGUUUCUCAUGCCAAAAAAUGGCCCAACUUCGUCAGCAUCGGACUGCGGAAUGAGCUUCGCGAGCCCUCCACGAGCAACACGCAGUACCCGUACAACUGGGGGACAUGGUACACACAGAUGACAACCGCAGCGAAGAGAGUCAACGCGGCCAACCCGAACGCGCUAAUCUUCCUGUCCGGUUUGAACUACGAUACCACGCUCGCGCCCAUCCCGACCGCGUCGGAUCUCGGCAACGGGGUCAAAUUCCGUCUCUCCGACUUUAGCUUUGCGAACAAGCUGGUCCUGGAGCUCCACAACUAUGACACCAGCGCCACCAGCUGCAGCGCGCUGUCCGGUGCGCUAUGGAACGCCGGAUUCAAGGCCCAGAACUCAUCCGACCCGUCGAUUGUGAAUCCCAUGCCGGUGGUCCUCACCGAGUUUGGUUUCCUGCAGGACAGCACCACGUGGAAGAAUGUGUAUGCCAGCUGUCUGAGGACGUGGAUCCCCGAGCAGCACGCCGGUUGGAUCACUUGGGUUAUUGCAGGCAGCUACUACAUUCGGCAAGGAAACCAGGACAUGGAUGAGACAUGGGGCAUGCUUGAUCAUACGUGGUCUGGCUGGAGGUCGCAAGAUGCAAUUGAGCAGGGACUGAAAGUAAUGGUCCAGUCGUCCCUGAAGGGAUAG